AAUAGUCAAAACCCAAUCUGUAAACGUGCCGCCCCUCUCUCCCCCUAAAUUUAAAAAGGACCAACCUCUUUGUUUCUUCUUCUUCUUCUUCGACCUAACCAGUUCGCUCUCUCUCUUCUUCCUUUACGAUUUAUCAACGGUCAUCAUAAGAUCUUCUGAUCAUCAAUCAUGGACGCUGGUGACAGUAAUUUCAAUAAAGCCGGCAACCCUUUUGUCUCUGAACAACAAGUAGAAGGAAACGACAAUGUUUCGUUAGAAACCGGCGCUGAAUCUCCUCCUUCUUCUACUACUUUCAACGACAUGAAACUCCCCUCCCCUAGAAAAGGUAGAAAACCUAUACAGAAAAGAGUGGUGUCAGUGCCAAUCAAGGACGUUGAUAGUUCGCGCCUAAAAGGGGAAAGUGCUCCACCGUCUGAUUCUUGGGCUUGGCGAAAGUACGGCCAAAAACCCAUCAAAGGCUCUCCUUACCCCAGAGGUUAUUACCGGUGUAGUAGCUCAAAGGGAUGUCCAGCAAGGAAACAAGUUGAGAGGAGCCGCGUGGACCCUAAAAUGUUAGUGGUCACCUAUUCCUACGAACACAAUCACCCUUGGCCCGCUUCUAGAAACAACACCGCAGCCGCCAAACAAGCGGUGGCGGCAGCAGAAGCGGAGACACCAACCAUGACCACGACGGCAGCAGUAAAGCCCGGGCCAUCUACUUCGCAGCCGGACACGGAACCGGAAUCAGGAAGCGAAGAAAAGUUCGCUGAUCUGACGGACGACUCGAUUCUCAAAACACGGGAUGAAUUUGGUUGGUUGGGAGAGAUGGAAACGACGUCGUCGACGGUUUUGGAAAGCCAGAUAUUUUCGGAAAGAGACAACGGAGAGGGUGACGUUGGUAUGGUAUUCCCGAUGAGGGAAGAAGACGAGUUGUUAUUCGCUGAUCUGGGCGAGCUGCCCGAAUGCUCCUUUGUGUUUAGACACCAACGGAAGAUGGGACCACAAGUUGGGAUCUGCUGACAAGUGGCUGAAUAGGAUUUCAGAAUCGGCGGAGGAGGAACCAUUAGUUUCAACGCGGUGCGGUUAUCGUCUGGCACAAGAUACGAAACGGAAAACAAUAAAAGGAAAACGGAUUUUUUAUUUAAAAUAUUUUUUAAACAAAAAACUCUGUUACAUUACAUUUAUCUUUGUUGUAACAAUUUCCGGCAGCUUAAGGGACUUGAUUGAAUAGAAACAAUUUUAACGUGACUCAUAGCAGCAA